AUGAUCAUGUACGACACGUACGGCUUCUACAACUUCGCCAUGUCGCAGCACGCGCACCCGCGUAUGUUGCCCGAGAUCUUGGCCGGUUCCGCCGAGUUCCGCGAGAUCCCACGUCGCUCCAGCGACGACGCGGAGCUUGGCGCGUUGUUCAAGAAGCUGAAGCAGUCGGAUAUGAUGGCGAAACCCAAGUACAACCAUCCAUCUAUCGCCAAAGCCAACCUGCUGCUGCAUGCGCAUUUCCUACGUGAAAAACUGAGUCCGACGCUGCAAGGAGACCUGAAUCUGAUGCUUAAGAAGGCGAUUCAAUUAGUAGACGGUAUGCUGGAGAUUUCCGUGAUGAAAUCAUGGCUACAGACCACGUUGAACCUCAUGGAGAUGCAGCAGUUCUUGACUCAAGGACUCUGGUUCAAGGACCCGCCAUUCCUGCAACUUCCGCACUUAACUGAAGCUGAAGUGAAGCACAUUGUUACAGGGAAGAACGCUGUGCGUAGUAUGCACCAGUACAUCGCCAUGAAGCCAGAGGAACGGAAGGGACUUAGUGGGUUGUCCGAGGAAGACCGUCAAGAAGUGACGACGGUGCUGGACAUGAUGCCGCACAUGGAACUGCAGAUCUCGAUUGGUGUGGAUGACGAGGAGUUUAUUGCCGAGGGAGACAUCAUGACGGUCACAGUGAAGCUUACACGUAAGAACGUCAAGGAAGGAGACACGUGCGACUUGGUGUAUGCUCCACGCUUCCCGUACCCGAAGAUGGAGCGCUGGUACUGCAUCGUGGGUGACGUGAAGAUGAACCACUUGCACGCCUUCUCCAAAAUGACGUCUCAAGAGCGCGUGGUGGAACAGAGGCUUCAGCUGCAGGCACCGCCUAAGGCUGGUACCUACCAGCUGGAUAUUUUCGUUAAGAGCGACUCGUAUGUUGGCAUGGAUCUACGCGCUGUUGCUAAGUUUAACGUCGCCCCGGCAUCCACAUUGCCAGUGUUCCAGCCGCAUCCGGAGGAUUUGGAGUUAGAUAACGAGCCUACGCUGUUCGAGCAGGUGAUGAACGCUGCGGACUCGAGUGAUAGCGAGGAAGAGGACGAGGACCUCGAGCAGGAACAGGAAGAGGCGGAAAAGGAAACAGAGGAGAACAAGAAGGACAAAUAGAGCGCGAGCGCAGCUUGUCUGUCUGCUUUGCCGUGAAGGACACGA